AUGCUGACCCGGGUAGGUGAUGGCUCCUUCGUUGGUGCAAAGCAAAUGGGUGGAUCGAUGUUUGUGAAAGGCAGUAUGCAGGACGCCUUUCAGCAGAGCAGAGUUUUCGCCUGUUGGUGGCCGCGUGCCUAUGUGCUUUCCUUUGUGCAUCCUGCCACUGGUGCUUUGCCCAGGGUUGUGGCUGGACGAUAUCAUUGGGGUAUGCUCCAUGGUGUCUUGGCUGCCGGACUGCGUGGAUAUCUUAUAGUUCUCAUAGUGCGUCGGUGUUUGACCGCGCGACUCGUGCUGGAUGACCAUAGGUGUGGUUUCCUGUUGCUGCUAUACUUUCUAUUUGCUUGUCAUGAAGUAACCUGGCAGCUUUUGCAGUACCAAUCUUUUGAUGACGCAAACCCUUUUCCGCGAGAGUGUCCACCCGCCGACUACAGUGACAACAGCUUAGACGGCCCGGAAAACCCGCGACUCUAUGAUGACAACGCUGCCGCCAUUCGGCAAAGUGUUCUCGGACAAGAGCAGGAGAUCUUGCUUGGGACUGCCCUUUCCACUGGUGUGGGUGGGCAGCCGACGAUGGCAUCGCACGGUGGCCUUCGCAAGCCGCUUCGUUCAGGUGCUCUUGUGCCUGAACGGCAAGGCGAGGGUGCAGGAUUGAGUGCAGACACUGCAGAUGUGGAGGAGGUGGACAUGGAGGAAGUGGAACAGGGGCUGGAGGAGAGCAGUGAGGGUGCAGUGGCAGGUGCACCGAGCAGUCAUGCAGGUGAGCUGCCGGUUGUCAAAGUGUGA